ACACGCACAGUGUGGCUGUGGCAUUUGGAUGUGCAUGUGCGGUGGUAGUGUACACCGUAGACACACUGGUGCAACAAUCUUGCAACCGAAGGAACCAAACCAGGCGGCCAAGCCGCGGACCCCCGCAUCCCCGGUGCGGCGCAGCGGUUCCUGCCUCGUGCACGUCUGUAUAACCCGACGGAGCGGGCGCCCGAGGACGACGAGGGAGGAAGGCAGCCAGUCAGCCAGAGGAACCUAGAGCCAGUCCCGUCCCGUCCAUCAGCCGCCACACCACAAACACCCACCACUCUGCUCUCGCCCGCUUGCUUUCUCUCCCCCGCUCCAGCUUAUGGCGGAGGCGGCGCCAGCAGCCGGCGGCGGCAUCGGGGACAUCCUCGCCACGAGCGAUCGGGACUUCCUCGUCCGCAACUCCGGCGAGCAGGUGAAGAUCAGCAGCGUUGAGGCGAGCCCUGUGGCCAUCUACUUCUCCGCCUCAUGGUGCCCGCCAUGCAGGAGGUUCACGCCCAAGCUUAUUGAAGUAUACGAAAAACUGGCCUCACAGGGCAAGAGCUUCGAGGUCGUCUUUGCUUCGGCCGAUCGCAAUGAGGAAGCUUUCAAUGAAUACUUUGCAAAGAUGCCAUGGUUGGCUGUCCCCUUUUCUGACAGUGAAGGCCGUGAGGCCCUUGAUGGCCAGUUCAAGGUCUCUGGUAUCCCACACCUGGUCAUCCUUGAUGCAAAAACUGGUGAAGUUUACACUGAAGAUGGUGUUGAAUUCGUGAGUGAGUAUGGCGUGGAGGCUUACCCUUUCACACCAGAUCGGAUCAAUGAACUGAAGGAACAGGAAAAGGCAGAAAAGGAGAAUCAAACUAUUCAAAGCGUGCUUGGCACAUCUACUCGAGACUAUCUCAUUUCAAACAAGGGAGACAAGGUACCCAUCUCUGAGCUUGAGGGGAAGUAUGUUGGUCUUUGCUUUGUGGUGGAUGGCUUUCCACCACUCGCUGAAUUCACUGAGGUGCUUGCUAAGAUCUAUGAGAAACUCAAAGAAGUGGGAGAGAAAUUUGAAGUUGUAGCUGUAUCCUUGGACAGUGAAGAGUCAUCAUUUAAUGAGAGUUUUGCAAAGAUGCCUUGGCUUGCAAUUCCUCAAGGUGACAUUAAGUGUCAGACGCUGGUUCGUUACUUUGAGCUUAGUUCUCUUCCAACACUAGUUCUGAUUGGCCCUGAUGGGAAGACACUGAACAACAAUGUCGCCGACAUAAUUGACGACCAUGGUUUUGAGGCAUGGGAGGGCUUCCCCUUCAGUGCUGAGAAGCUGGAAAUUCUUGCUGAGAAGGCAAAGAUUAAAGCUGCAUCACAGACCUUGGAGUCCAUUCUAAUCAGUGGUCAUUUAGACUUUGUCAUUGGAAAAGAUGGUGCAAAGGUUCCUGUAUCAGAACUUGUUGGGAAGACUGUCCUUGUUUACUUCUCAGCAAAAUGGUGCCCACCAUGCCGUGCCUUCCUGCCCACACUUGUCAAGGAGUACAACAAGAUCAAAGAGAAGAACAGUGAUUUUGAGAUCGUCUUCAUCUCUAGUGACGAGGAUCAGAGCUCAUUCGAUGAUUUUUUCUCUGAAAUGCCAUGGCUUGCUGUACCCUGGGAAGAUGAAAGGAAAGCAUCGCUGAAGAAAACCUUCAAGAUCCGUGGAAUCCCUUCACUUGUCGCCAUCGGACCUACUGGGCAGACAGUCAGCAGGGACGCAAAGUCCCAGCUGAUGAUCCACGGUGCUGAUGCUUUCCCAUUCACCGAGGAGAGACUUGAGGAGCUACAGAAGAAGCUGGAUGAGAUGGCGAAGGGGUGGCCUCAGAAGCUGAAGCAUGAGCUGCAUGACGAGCACGAACUUGUCCUGCUGCGCCGUGGUACGUACCGCUGUGAUGGUUGUAACGAGAUGGGCAGCAGCUGGUCCUACAGGUGCGACGAGUGUGACUUUGACCUGCACCCCAAGUGCGCGUUGGGUGAGGAAAAGAUGGGCGAGGAAGCCCCUGCUGGGUAUGUGUGCGAGGGAGGCGUGUGCAGGAAGGCCUAAUCUGAAUGCUGUGAAGGAUGACAAUAAUCGUGAGAUGGCUGUGUUUUGAUGUAAGGUUUUUCGGCCGUUGAUGUUUGUGUGUUAAUAAAUAGUAGUUGCAGGAGCAAAUGUGUGUAUGCAAAACUAUGUGAGUAUUGUGUCAGAUCAAAGUAAUGGUUUUGCUG